CAAAAGUCCCCAACUCUUCGAUCGCUCACUUCUCUUUUCCACCCCUCGCUCGCAGGCGCCUUUGUGUCACGUUGGCCGCUUCGCUCUGUCGCUGGCCAAGUCAUCCCACCCCAUCCGCUCACCACGUGCACUAGUCACUCGCUCGUAGACACCAGCUCGAUGGCUGUCGGUAUGACGCUCAAUCAGUUGUACGCGCCGUCGCCCUCCACUUCCAGCGCCGGCGCCACGCUCACUCCACCUCAAGGACGGAGUCCCAAGGGCCAAGAAGACAUCAAGGCGACUGCCAACGCCGUGCAGCUCCCGCCUCAGGCGCCGCAGCAGAUGGAUCGCAUCUACCAGAUGCCCUUCCCCAACCAGCAGCCACAGUACUCACCACAGUAUCCUGCGUCGUCCUCCGCCAUGCCGUACCAACCACUAGCCAAGCCCGGCCCCAGUACGUCUGAGGACUACGCGGCAGAUCCGCUCCCGUUCGAGUACAGCCGCAAGUACUCGCCUCCACAAAGAGAAGAUGUGACUGCGGGGCUUAGAGGACCUGUGUCGAUUAUCACAUCGAGUGCUUCGACGCACUACAACGACUCGUACGGCUCGCAUCCGGUCUAUGCCAGUCAGCGCUUGAGUCCCUACGGCCAACCGCAAUACCCGGAGCCUCGUAGCUACCACCACCCAGAGAUGAACGCACCACAGCCUCAUUUUCCUCGCUCAACGGGUCCUCAGAUGUACAACCCCAUGUUACCUCUGCCUAAUCAUCAGUUCACCAAGAAGGAGGUGGACACGUACCCUCAGCCACAGACUGCUGUAUAUGGAGACGUUCGAGGUCCUGUAGCUGCAACAGGCUCCGCUCAGGAAGCCAUGAUCAAGGUCAAGACCCCACUGAAGCUCAAGUACUGGAGGAACGGACGACGCAAUCUACAGUGCUUCCCGAGUUGCAAGGUGUUCGGAGACUACUCGGCUAUUAAGAUUGAAGAUCUCAAGCAGCACGACUUCAUGUGGGGCAAGUGUCGCGGUAGUUUAGUGACCGAAGUCACACUUAACAGCAACGUGACAUUCGACGAUCUCGUUCUACUGGGCCGUGUCCACUCGCUCGAGAACAUCCCUGUCGCCUUUGAAGAAGCUGUGAUCCGGGAGUGUAUGCUGGGACGUACCGUCGAGACCGACGAGAUGGACGCGAUGAAGGACCAGUGGAUCACUGGUGAACGCCUCCCGGACUUUGUGCAGCAAGAAGGCAACGUCGCUUGCUUUGAGUUUAAGCCUAAGGUCUGGAAGUACACAGAAGAUAUGGCUCAGGGCAAAUGCAAGCGUCGCAACGUCAAGUAUUACGUGCAGUUCGAGGCCUUCGUGCAGAUGGUGGCUGGUGAUCGCCGCUACUACGCGUGUAUCGGCUCGGGAAUGUCGACGUCUUUCGAGGUGGGAUCGAGUCGUGUACUCGCCCGACAGAAACGUAAAGCUGCUUCGAGCGCUGCAGAGGCAGCCAAGAAGAGUCCGCAGUCCGACAUGUUGCAACCGCAGCAGAUGAUGCACAAUGGCAACCCAGUCAUGCAGAAUGUGAUGGCGACGCACCCCAUGUACGCGCCCCCACCGGCGUACCACCACGAUGGCCAAUCGAGAAGCUUACCUCCGACCUUCCCACAGGUGAUGAUGAACCAGAUGCCUCCGCAAAUGCCGACGGAGAUGCACUACCCGAUGCCGCAGCAGCUUCCGCAACAGACCCAGUCGUCUCCGCAGCCUUCAGUCGGUGAGAAGCGCAAGAUGAGCAGUGAACGCCCAGCGUUUCCUACAGAUCGCUCGGCUAAGAUGUUCAAGCCUACAAGCGGGGUCCCGCAGUCCGUGCCGAUUUAAUGUGGGCUGGACGGAGGAGCAAGAACUGCGUGCGUUGACGAUCUCUAUUUUUUUCAGUAAGUUUGAUUGUUUAUAAGCGUGCUAGCUGUGUGCGCUGCCGUAUGAAGCGUGUGCUCUGGGAGUAAGAGCACGUGCUGGGCAGCCGUCGCAAAAGCGCACCACCUUACCAGCGUUAUUCGCGCUGUGUAGAUACGAUUUUUUUUUUUGAGUGAUUGCUGAAAAGGCCCCCGCAUGUAAGAGCCUCUAUAUCGUUAAAUAAAAGUCUCGGUAUUUAUUGUUGAAACGAG